GGGUCGCCGUGACUUGCAGCCCGCGGGCGCCGUGGGGCGGGCGCAGGGUGCGGUGGGGCCGUUGGUGACCGUCCAAGCCUGCGGUAGAUGGUGAGCCCUGCCUUCGCUGCCCAGACGUAAGAAAAGCGCACUGUCCGUCCAGAAAGUUGAAAUAAAAGGACCAUCAUGAAAAAUAUCUCAAAGAGAAGAUAUUUUUAAAAAGGUGUUUGGCAUUUCCCCUGCUUGCACUCACUCUGUCCUGCUGCCCUGUGAAGAAGGUGCCUGCUUCUCCUUUGCCUUCUGCCAUGAUUGCAGGUUUCCUGAGGCCUCCCCAGCAAUGCAGAACUAUGUCAGAAGAGAUGGAUAACAUUACAGCUGAAGAAAUUAUAGACAAGCAUCUCCAAAAAGAUGUAGAUGCAGAAGAAAAUCAAAAUGUAGUAAAGACGUUGAGAGGCAAAGUGAGAGAAAAGCUAAAAAUUUCUAAGAUUAAUAAAGGUAAAAAAUCUUCAACUGAGCAGCUCAUUGAUAGCAAAAUAUAUCAAAGGUCCAAGUUGUCUCCACAGACUGAAGUCUCAUUGGAUGAAAGUCUUUCAUUUUUCAUUCUGAGUGGUGAAGAAGGUUCAGCUUUGGGCAAGUCUUCAGAGCAGCAGAGAGCAGUAAACCAUAGUUAUCCCAAAUGCUUUUCACUUGGUGUUGAUUUACAAAAUGUUGCUGAGAGUGAAGAUGAAGAGUUUAUGAAAGAAUUCAUUUUGACAGAUUUACUCAAAGUAAAAGCUGCUGACUAUGAAUAUGAUCAAGAACAAAUAAAAAAACAGAAGGCAAAUAUUUUUGUACCAAGUAGUUCUCCAGUGGUCAACCAGCGCAAACUACCAAAAGAUAUGAUGCCACGUAUUUUAGAAGAUGAAGGAUUCUAUAUUCAGAGAAAGCCAGAAAUAUAUAAAAAGACCUGCAACAAAAUGGAAAAUCGCCUGCUUAAACUAGAAGAGGGAAAAUGUUGGUUUGGAGAAAGUGGAGAAAUAAUGUCAUUACCUACACCUAUUAAACAGUCAUGGAAUUUCAGACUAAACGUAAGGAAGGAACCUUUAAAUCCAUUACUUAAGACCAUAUACAGGAAGGCAGUAAAAUAUGACCUGGGAAGUUCAUUUAUGAACAAAAUGGAAGAUCCAAGGGAAAUAUACCAAUUAGACCUCAACAUUGUGGGUUUGCAAUUCAGCCAUCAUCAUCUCUUCAAUCAAGAACAAGUAUUAUGUGCUAGGCUUCUCCAACUUUAUGAAUGUUUUCAAGACAGGCAGCAACAGAAUGUAUCUCAGCUGCUUUAUGAGAAGCUGAAAGCACUGACAGAUGCUACCAAAUUGUCAAAUGAAAAUUCAGAAAUAAACCAGCUGACCAGAAAAUCUUUACAAGAUAAUUAUUGGCAAAUAAGUAAUACAAAACAGAUGUAUGACUUAGAAAGGGGAAAGGACCUCUCCCUACUACGCAGUAUAUUACAAACUUGGAAACAGAUUAAAUCUCUUCGACAUGGGCAAGGGUUUACGAGCACCCCAAUAAAGUUACAGGUUCAGAGGAUUAAAAUGAAUAAAUGUGAUGAACAAGAGCAAAUCUCAGAAAUGUCUGAAACUGAGAAGAAAAAUGAAGGAAAAGAACUUAAGAAUGGGAAAAAACAGGAGAGCCUCUCAUAUCUAGCUUCAGACGAAACAGAAAUUGAAAGAAUAAAGCCAAUUACCUUGAGGCCACAACUUUCUUUCACUGCAGAAUUAACAAGCUUAUCCAAGUGUCCAUUGCCUAUGGAUCCCAUCUCCCUUAAAGAGGAUAUGGCAACUUAGAGUACUAGGUCUAAUUUUUCAACAUCUCUAUCCCAUGGCACACUUGGUACCAGUCCAUCUUUGAGUAUUGGGAAUGUGCAUCAUUUAGCAGUGUUGGAACAUACUGGGUAAUCAAUAAAUGUUUAUAUUUAUGAAAUGAAUGAAUGGAUGAUUACAUUAACAACCAAAAGAGCAGCAGAUACAAAGUCACAAUUAUCACCACCUACUUACUGACCAGAGAAGUGCAGCAGUGGAGAAAUCCUUUAUUUGUUCUGUACCGUCUUCCAAAAAGGGCCUGAGAUAUUUUAUUAUGUAGGACACCCAUAAAAAAAGACUAUCUAAACAAGGGGAAGAAUACAGGAGCCAUAAAAUGGAAGUUGGAGGGAGAGAGAAGAAAGAGGAGGAAGAAGAUAUUUGUGCUGGAAAAACUAGACUAAAAUUUAGUGGAAGUCAAGGCAAAAGGAUAUAUGGUGUUUUAUAUCUUUGCAAAGCCAUUGCCAUCCAAUAGCAUUGCUGUCAUCUAUUUCACACACCCAAUUGAAUAAAAACUCAUUCUCCAGAAAAGAAUAAUAUGUCGAUAUAGAGGAUAGAAGUGAAAAGAAUACAGAGAUUAGAGAAGAAUUAAAAAGAGUUUACUGGUGAAGAGAAAGGCAAGAUUUCCUGAAGAUAAUUAUAACCCUGAAUCAACAAAUUUUUAUAAUCAAUUCAUGAACUCAUUGUUAAAACUACUUUUAGAGGGCAACAGAAAGGGUAACUUUUACUUAGAUAUUUCUUGAAAGGUAAUUGGGAAUAUGGUCAAAAGACGCCAACAGGGAGAUAAGAAUAGGUAAUCUUUUGUCUCCUAACUCUUUGAGAAGGUUACAGAGUUGGACAGGUAAUAGGGCAGGGACAUACUGGGCUCAUAGGGUGAUUAGAUUGGGGAGCAGAAGGGGAUUUUAUGUUUCAACUUAGGGUUUGUCUUCCACCCAGCCUUCUCCCUUCUGAAAAAGAGGGUCAAGUCUUAAACAUCAUUAGGUCAGUUCUCUUGCAGCUAGGAAGAUAUUCAAUAAACAUUGGUUGAGUGAAUUAAACAAUGAAUGAAAGACUCUAGGAGUUUUAUAUCAGUCAAGGGAUCAACUUAUGCCUCAACAAGUGUUUCCCCCAGGGAAGUAACCUGGCUUGCUCCUUUGAUCUUUGGCUCAGAGAUAGAGUGGCUUCCCCACUGUCCUAGAGAAAAGGAGUACACAGCCUAAAGCUUAAGGUAAUUUACAAAGACCUUUAAGAGGACACAGCAAGCCUGUUGCCUUAGAGCCACAUCUUUAAAAUUAUUGACAACAUGGUGUGUGGAGGGUUGUGUGUUUGUGUAUAUAGUCUAUGUGUAUGUCUUUUUAAAGUUAGGAAAUAUUUUUAAAUUCUUGAUUCAACCUCCCCUCCCCAUUCCCAAGCCCCUCAGUUUUUUCCUCUCGUAAGACAUCUGGUAGAUAUGUGCUGUAAUCUCUUUAAAUUGUAAUUUAGUAAAAUAAUAGCUGAAUGAUUUAUAGCACCUUGAUUUUAGUUCUUCUGUUUUUGAAUACAUAUUUUGAGUACAUCUCUUUCAUUAAAAACAUUUGACUGGAAAGAAGAAAUUUUUAUCCACAUGUAGACAAGUGUUAUUUGAUGUAAAGAUAACAUUUGUCCUCUGAAAUUAUCUUCUGUUUAACAUGCUAAUAUACGUUUUGAAAGAACAAUAUGUUAUGUCUAUUGUACUUUUUAAGGGUGAUUUAA